AUGUGGCUGCAGAUCUGGCUUUUGAGCAGGCUCGUCGUGCUGCGUGGCUCACUGGAAGAGGACAUUUUCCGAGUGUCCGAAGAAGAGAAUCCACGCGAGAAGGAGCUCUCAAACGAGAUCGACUCCUGGAAGCAGAAAGCUGGCACGGGAGAGCGACUGCCAUGGCAUGGACUUCGAGUUGUUGCUGCGCUGACUACAACACCCCGACGUAUUUCGCAAAUCGAACCAGCUUUGGACAGCCUGCUAGCACAAACAUGGCCCUUGGAUUUGGUCUACCUUUUCGUGCCGCAGGUUUUCAAGCGAGAGAACACUACGUAUACGAUUCCUGCUUGGCUUGUGUCGAAGCUUGCCGACCCGCGUCUGCGCUUGAUCCGCUGCGAGGACUGGGGCCCAGCAACCCACAUGAUGGAGGUUCUCCAAGCCGAGCGAGAUCCAGAGACUGCCAUUCUUCAGGUGGACGACGAUCAAAGCUACGGCCCACAUCUGCUGGAGACGCUGCUCCACGUGUCUGGACCAGCACCCGGUCGCGCCGUAGGCGCUGCCACGCAGCAUGCGCACUUACACCUCAGCGGCGUCGUCUUGGAAGGUGUCCAUGGCGUGCUUUUUCGCCGCAAGUUCUUCGACGAAAGCGUCUUUGACUACACUGGCUUCUCAAAGCAUUGUCAGCUGCACGACGACCUCUGGCUUUCGGCGCACCUGGCAAGAAAGGCGCAUGUCCGGGAGGCGCUGUCCUCGCGCUUCGGCACGAAGCCCCUGCCCUUCGGAUUCGGAAAGGAUGCCCUUUACAGGGGUGGCGCCGGCAGCGACAACACCAAGAACUUUUUUCUUUGCUCGGCGUCUUUGCUGCAGGCAUUCCCUGACCUUUGGGAUCAGAAGUACCGCGUGGUCGUGGCCGCGCCGCUGGGCCGCGGGACCUCCGAACGUGAGCUGCGACGCCUGGUGGGCGCCGGCGCCCAGGCGCUGUACUUGCUCGGCGAGGUUGCACCCAAGCGCAUCGUGACGAGCCAUCGAGCAUUCAGGGUCCACGGAGGUGUUCACCGCCAGCUUGGAACAUUUGCGUCCUCUUUCGAGGUGACGAUGAAAAGCUGCCAGGCAAGCUGCAACCUUGUGGAGGCUUUGAGCGCAGCCCUCGAGUUUGAGGAGGAUCCGACGACGCUGGUUAUUCUCUCCCCUGCUGCAGUUCCUGGUCCUCUUGAAUUCCGUUCCAUGGUCCAAUGGCAUGUGAGCUGCACCCGCAAAGCCAAGCCGAGUCGAGAGCUUUGCCGCCGAGAGGACGGAAGCCAGUCCUUCCGAAGGUUGGCUGCAUAUCCCGCUGACCGCAUUCAAGGCUCCAUUUUUAUGCCCAAGUUCAGCCAGCAUUUCUACGUCCACCGGCAUGCAGGAGCCCUCCGAGACAUGGACGGGCCCUGGAGGGAGAGUCCCACGCUCAGGGCCAAGUUGGAUCUUAUCCACGGGCAAGGGCUGGAGGAUCCUGUGGUCAAGGCCUUCCUGGCCGAAGGCGAGGGACUGCCUCGUCGCGUGGUCGUGGUAGUGGCCGCCCCGGCCCCCGCACUUCGGCUCGCGGCACGCGCGGGGCGACUGCGAGGUGCCCAGCGAAUCGUCGUUGCCCUCAGAGCCCGAUCCGGCGCCAGGCGCUGCAGUGUGGGAUCUUGGGCAGCGCAGUUCAGGCUCCGCAUAGCCUGCAUCGAUCGCAAGCGCCUGUUUCAUCCGCUGCUCGCAGUGCUUGACUUGGAGAAGCUUCCCGAGACGCAGAUCUUUCUUAGAGGUUUUCGGCGCAAAGUUCCGCCGCUGUCGGACUUUCUCCAGGCUUCAGAUCUCUGGGCGGGUGCUGUCAUUGCCAGCCGCGCCUAUCUUUACGGCGAGCAUGGCGGCCCCAUUCCGGUCACAUCGCUCGGAGCUUUGUACCGCAGAGGCUUUUUUGAUGAGCGGAUCAUUGAAGACUUGCAUGGUCCUUGUGCCCACGAGCCCGAUCUCGUGGUGGCCAGCCACGUCGCCCUCAAUGGGGUGCCGACCGAGGUGCUGGGCCUGGGCAGCUCCUCGCCUGUGCCCAGCUUGCGCCGGUCGACGGAGUGCUGGUCAGAACUGAUCGAACGCCACCCGUGGCUUUGGACUUCCUUACGGCCCAGGAGGGCGAUUCUGCAUGUGGCGUUGAUGGAUGGCACGGACGACUUCUUGCUGGGCUUGACCCUGCGCUACGCCAUCUCGCAGACUCGGCGCCCCGACGAGGUGGUGCUGCUGACUGCUGGGCAGUCGAACUUCGAGGACUCGGGCGAAGUGGACACCCAGGUGCGUCACGGUGCUUCAGUUCGCAUCGAGGGAAGUCGAUGUGUGGUGGUCUCUCGUCAUGGUCGAAGACUGCCUGUCACUCUUCACCAGUUCCUUGCGACCUUGGCGGGCAAGGUCGGAUCCGUUCUGCACACUCCUGAAGGCCGCGGUCCGACAUUGUCAAUUCUCCGCUGCUCCGGGGAUAGCUGCAGACCGAAGCCGCAUUUGGGGGCCGCGUUCUACAGGGAGCUGGAGCCCUCAACGGCAAUGAUUUUCUGCUCCGCCGAACGGCUGAUCAACGAGAGGCUCGUGGAGGAGAAUGUGGCCUGUCUAGACUCGUGCGCCCCACACUGCUCGCCGCAGAACUGGUGCGGGCAAGCGAGCACUCGAGAAGACGGUGCACUAUAUGAUCUGAGCAUCACGCGGGCAGCCGGAUACAUAGACCAUGUGGCCAGAUGA